AUGGCUGGCCUCGGCGGUGCUUUCGGCCUCGGCCCGGGCGCGAGUAAGGAUGAGCGCAAGCAUGCAUUGAUGCAGACGAUCCAGCACGAGACAAAUGUCGAGAACGCCCGCAUGCUCAUCGAGAAAAUCAACGAAAAGUGCUUCGAGAAGUGCAUUCCCAAGCCGGGAAGCAGCCUGUCGUCGGGCGAGAGCCUGUGCCUGACGAACUGCAUGCAGAAGUACAUGGCGGCGUGGAACGCGGUGUCGGCGGCGUAUAUUACGAGGAUCAAGUCGGAUCCGGCGCUAUAG